CGAGCGUAGCCCUAGCCAGAGCAGCACCCUUGACUGCGCUUCUCCUCCGACGGCGGUUACGCCGGCGAGUGAUGGUAUUGUUCCGCCUCAGCUCGAGCUUCGCCUCGGCGGCGGCUAUCAGAUCCCGGUGGCGCGUCCUGUUUACUUCUUUGACGUUAUGGGAGUCGGCAACGGAGGUCGUGCUCAGCCUCCGGUGGCGUCAGCUUUUAGGUCGCCGAUGAUGCAUGUGGCUGCAAAGGUGGCUUGUGUGGCUCGGAGCGACUCUGAUUCGUCGUCGGUUGUUGAUUUUGAAGGCGUGAUGGAGAAGAGAUCUCAGCCGUUAGAUCUAGAUCUAAACUUGCCUCCUCUGUCGGAACAGGCCUGAACUUAUCGAAGGUGGUCGUGGUCGUGUUCAUCUCCGACGGUUAUGCGUUUUUUUUUUGUUUGGGAGCUGAGAAAAGUUCGUUUUUCUCGUAGUUUUUUUUUAUUCUCUCACUCUACAAUAAUUAUUAUCGGGUUUAAAAAGUUAAAUCGGGAGAGAAGAAUAUAAUUUUAGCUGACAUGGAUCGUUAUGUACAUAUUAUUACAUAACUGGAGAUCUGAACUUUUGUUGUGUGCUUUUUUGCGACUUGGUUUCACCAUGUUGUUCCUCUGUAGCCUUUUAUUUUGUUAUUGCAAAUUUUAUAUCAAUAAUUUGGUAAUCUUCGUAA